GUGCCGUGAGAACGACAGUCUUCGCCAUUGCAUCGAGCAUACAGCACUUAUCUCAUCAGACUCCGGUGGCCUUCUCCCUAGACAAAGCAUAGCAGCAACUAUGGGCUUCCCACCUCCCGCCCGACGCGGGAAAUUUAACAAGAAUUUGUACAUCGCACUCAGUGCCCCAGCAAUCGCGUAUCUCACGGCCAAGCUCAUAUACAACAUAUAUAAAGUCACCACGUCCGAUGGAAUCCCCCAGAGACCACCGGUGUUGAAGGCGCCUUCGACCAAGCUCCUGACUGCAGAGCAAUACGAUCAGAUACCUUAUCCGCCUGAUGCCCUUCCAGGAGGCCGCAACGUCUCAACGCCACAUGGCAACAUUCGAGUCUACGAAUGGGGGCCCGAAGAUGGACGCAAGGUGCUCUUCGUACAUGGCAUUAGCACUCCGUGUAUCGCGCUUUCACGAGUGGCUGGCAAACUGGCCAAAAGAGGCUGCAGAGUCAUGCUGUUUGAUCUUCCCGGCAGAGGCUACUCCGAUUGUCCCGAUACCAAUCUGUAUCCCCAGGACAUCACCCUCUUUUCGAGCUGCAUCCUUGCUGUCGUCUCUAGCUCCCGACUGCCCUGGACGGCCAGUGGUUUCACUCUAGCAGGCUACAGUCUUGGAGGAGGAAUUGCCGCGGCCUUUACAGCAUACUACCCUGAUUUGGUGGAAAGCCUUGUUCUGAUUGCCCCUGGAGGUCUCCUUCGACCCACUCGAUUGAGUCUCAGCAGCAAAAUUCUCUACUCGGGUCUCCUCGCAGACAAGAUUGUGAACUAUUUCGUCGGCCUUCGCCUACGAGUGAGCACACCGAAGCCCAAACCCACCACCAAGCCUCUCCGCUCCAGAAUCCAAGAUCUGAAAAAGUUCGACUGGACCCAAGUGCCCCACAGUUCUAAACGCAGAAUCAGCGUCACCGCCGCGCUCCACGCCGAAAUGGGCGACUCGGACGAUGAGCACGAUGACAAUGUGGACCCUCACGCCCCGGGCCAAGACAGUCUCUCACCCAUCUUCGACGACCGACCCAACAUUUCCCCAGCAACCGCCGUCGCCUGGCAAGUCGAAACUCACCCGGGCUUCAUCCCCGCCUUUGUCUCCUGCGUCAAGUACGCCCCAAUCCACGACGGUCACGCACACUGGAAACUGAUCGGGCAGCGCUGCGAUGCCGCUCGAGCACAUCACAUUCGACAUCAUCAAAACCGACCUCACGAUCGCAAACACUCUGUCGCCGACUCGGACAGCUCCUCUUCCACCACCACAUCACCAUUAUCUUCCUCUUCCGACAUGGGGGUUGCGCGAAUUGGCCUCGACGAGGGCAAAGUCCUACUCUUGCUCGGUCUCAAAGACGUCAUCAUCAUGCCUGAAGAAACCUGUCACGAUGCCACCGAGGCCCUGGGAAGGGAGAAUUGUGAAGUGGUGAAAAUCCGUGGCGGACAUGAUCUCGUCUUGUCGAAUGUGGAGGCGUGCGUGCAAGCUAUGAUGGGGUUUUGGUUACGGGGUGGAAGAGGUUUGCAGACGAAUUGAAUUUCUUUUUUUCUUUUUCCUUUGUUUUUCGAGACAGAAUAGAAUGUUGUUAUCCUUGUCUAUGCUAUUUAUGAUGGAUGGAUGGAUGGAUUCAAACUUGGCGUAGGAUGUGAUAUAGUGUGGACGGCGCAAGUUGGCUUAUAUAGGUACCUAGAUUGCAAUAUGUUAGGUUUUGGGUGGAUUCCUGUUGGAUCCCUAGAUAGGAUAGGAGGAGGAACGCUCUCUGUAUUCGUAUUAUUUCAGGUUGUUAUCUUGAAAAUUUCUUCUUUUC